AUCGACUGUGAAAGAUGUCGGUUUGCUGGGUUUUGCUGGCACUAAGCUGCCUAAGCUUCUCUGCUGGACUGCAAAAAGCCAAUAAAUACGAAGGUUAUAAAAUCUAUGAGGUCUCCAGUAAAGCGCGUUCGGUGUCCUUCAGAGAAACUCUUAACGAAUUGGUCAAGAAUGCGUCAUAUUAUGAGGUGUUCUCGGGUUUUAAUGGUGGUAAUCCAGCCAAGAUUAUGGUGCAUCCUCACGAACAGGUGAACUUUGUGCAGCUGAUGGACGACAAUAAUGUGGACUAUGAUAUUAUCAACCGGAAUGUGGGUCUCACUCUAAGUCGCCAAUUCGAAACGAACCGUAUGUUGCGCCAGUGGUUUCCCUACAAUGGAAGAUUGGGCACUGAGAGAUACUACUCCCACGAGGAGAUCAACCAGUUCAUCGAGGAUUUGGCUGUGAAAUAUCCGCGUCGGGUUUUCCUGAAAACCGUUGGCCGAAGUUACGAAAAUCGCUGGUUGAAGACCAUCACGAUCACCAAUGGCGAUGCCAGGCGCAAAAAGAAUGUGAUCCUUGUGGAUGGUGGCUUCCAUGCUCGCGAAUGGAUUUCACCGGCGGCUGCGAUUUAUCUGAUCAAUCAGCUGGUGGAAAAUCUCGAGGAUAAUGCCGAUCUACUGCAGGACUUCGAUUGGGUGAUCCUGCCCGUGGUCAAUCCCGAUGGCUAUGAGUACACACAGCUAUCGGCGGAUACUCGCAUGUGGCGCAAAACCAGGCAACCCAGCAGUUCGAACUGCAUUGGCACCGAUCCCAAUCGAAACUUUGAUUUCCACUGGAACGAGGAGGGUGCCUCGGACGAUCCCUGUGAUGACACCUUCGCUGGUGCAAGGGCUUUCUCGGAACCGGAGGCUCUGGUGGUUGGGGAUCUCAUCCAUAGCUAUGCGGACCGUGGACAGAUGUAUUUGACUUUGCAUUCCUAUGGUUCACUUAUUCUGUAUCCAUGGGGUUGGACUGCAGCUGUUCCCGAUACAGAAGAGGACCUCAAGGAGGUAGCUGAGGCAGGUAAAAGUGCUAUUUUGGAGUCCACUGGCACUGUCUAUACGGUUGGACCCUCUACCACAACCAUCAAUUAUGCGGCAUCCGGAGCUAGCGAUGAUUAUGCCUUCAAUGCUGGCUUCCCGAUUUCCUUCACCAUGGAACUGCCAUUCGGUGGCACUGGAUUUGAUCCUCCGGCAUCGGAUAUAGAUCGCAUAGUCAAGGAGACCUUCGUGGGCAUUGCGGCCAUGGCGCGGAGAGUAAUACAAAAGUAUCCUCUGGCAUAAUCAAACUGUUGUCAAACUGUUUCGAUGAUUCAGUUCAUUGAUUGCCUGACCAUUAUAAACUAAACAAGGAGAACUUAAGUUUAAUAGCAUGUUUGUGGUAUCUAAACGAUAAACACUCCGGUAUUUUGGCAAAUAAACAUGGAAUG